UCACGUGACCACUCCUGACUCCCAGCCCCAUCAUUUGAGGAAUAGCGGCCUCCAUAUAUCCUAUAUAUGUUUUUCUAAAUAGCAAAUUCCUCCUUUCAGCAGCGGGUAUUAUCAGAAGGGGAAAAAAAUAACCAUAAGAUGCAAUUUAAAGGAAAAGGAGGAUUAUAGCGUUAUUCUUGGAUUGUAGACGGGAGUUUUAUUUCUGACGGCCUCUCAGAUCGAAGUUUCUGCAUCUGUUUGGAAAGUGGAGGAAAACACUGAACAGUGAUCAUGGCUGAAAACAACUUCCCUCCCUUGCCAAGAUUCAUCCCCCUCAAGCCAUGUUUUUACCAGGACUUCGAUGAAAUCCCAGAACAACGGCGCUCCAUGUGCAAGAGGCUCUACUACCUCUGGAUCUUGAACGCUGCCACGCUAGCCGUUAACCUGAUUGGCUGCCUGGCCUGGAUGUGCGGAGGUGGAGGAGCGACCAACUUUGGCAUGGCCUUCCUGUGGCUCCUACUCUUCACUCCGUGUUCCUACGUGUGCUGGUUCAGGCCCAUCUACAAGGCAUUUAAGACCGACAGCUCGUUCAACUUCAUGGCUUUCUUUUUCGUCUUCAUGGCUCAGGUGGUGAUAAGUAUCAUCCAGGCUGUUGGCAUCCCAGGUUGGGGGGUCUGCGGCUGGCUGGCCACCAUCACCUUCUUUAGCACCAACAUCGGCUCAGCUGUGGUGAUGCUGAUUCCCACCGUCAUGUUCACUGCCGUGGCUGUGCUCUCAUUCGUUGCCCUUACUAAGGUUCACAACUUCUACCGUGGCAGCGGUGGGAGUCUGGGUAAAGCCCAGGAGGAGUGGGCCACGGGGGCCUGGAAGAACCCACACGUCCAGCAAGCCGCCCAGCAGGCGGCUAUGGGAGCUGCACAGGGAGCCAUGCAGCAGAACCAGUACUCAGCGGCUCCCACCUACAACUACGACGACCCAAUGUAGGACAGACGGGCCGGCCGGAGGAGCGGAGAGGGAGAGCUAAAAAGGGAACAAUUAUGAACACAACUAAGAAUUAGGUGCCCUUCAUUUUAACGCAGGACAGGAUCAUUUUUAGGUAGAAAAAUGUAGGGGAAAAGGAGACAGAAACGUACUUUUAAGCAAAUUUAAAAGUUUUAGAAAGUUCAACAAAUUGCUGUUAUUGUUUUACUGCUCAGCAUGUGUGUUGAUUUCCUCCAGUCUGAUAUGGCUUAAAGAAAUCUCCUGAGGUGUUUAUUUGAUUCAUUCAGGUCCCAUCAUGUGUUGCAGUACUCAAACUCACAAAUUGACAUUUCCGGCUUGAUUUUGAAUCCUCUUUGUGUUGCUGCAAGGAGUAGCAGCUGGUUUCUCAGCUAAUACUCAUUGGCUAGCAUCACAAUAUUAAGAGAACUUGUCUCUAAUUUGAGGACUAGUUUUGAAAAGUGCAGCCAUUCAUUAGCAGCUUCCUAGCUAGCUAACUACUAGCACUUGUGUGAUAUAAUGGCUUCCUAACUGUUUAAUAGCUUUUCAUCUUGCUAAUAGCCAUUAUACAACCAGCUAGCUAGGGAUAUUACCUGGCUAGUUAGCUUAUAUAGCUAACAAUCUGUAUAAGAUAACUAGCAGUAUAAAAAUAUAUCUGACUCUGUUUGAAUGCAACAAAGGUGUUACAAUCAAUCUUAAUUCUGCUUAUUGCGUCUUAAAACAGUAUGUCAGGGUUAAAUUUAGUAAGUUUUCCAGGAGUCAAAGUCAUUAUUCUACCUUCUCAUGUUGCCGCUAUGCUAGGCUCAUCUGCUAGCGAUAACAUCAACUCUACAGCUGAAGCUGCAGUUUAAUCAUGAGUGAUUUUUUAUUUUUUUUUGUCAAUUAAGAAAUGUUCACUGGGUGAUAGAUUCAAACAAAUGUGUUGUCACCUCUGGUAAAAAUGUGUUAAAAACCUUGUUAUAAAUGCAUCUGUCAUUGCAGCAGAAUAAUCCCACAAUAGAAAAAUUCAAUCCAAACUUUAUUUUGAGUGUAUUUAUUUGAUGUAACAAAAAUGUUAGGACGUAAUUGUUAAGUUUCUAACUGGUCAAACAACAUUUGUUGGGCACAAGGCAAGACAAAUGUUCUGUCAUAACGACCUAGACAGAAAUGAUUCAACAAUUUAGAGAGAAAAAUUUCAGAAAAUGCCAAAAUUAGCACAAAAAUAUAAUAAUAAAAUCCUACAAAACAGUUUUAGACAGUAUAUGAGCUAAAAUAAAGUUGAAUGAGCUAAAAUAAAGUUGAUUUGGAGUUAGCUGUAAUAUCCGCUAUUCCAUUUUAUUAUAUGAUUGAAAUUAUGGAAAUAAAUAUGUAUAAAGGAAAGAAAGCAAUUUUGAAAAACACGUUUUUCAAUAAAAGGCUGAAAGGAGGAAAUUUCGCAUCAUACGAGACAAAUCAUGUGAUCAACAACCAAAUGUUACUUCUGACAGAAACGACAAAGACGACAACAGGAAGUGGAAUGAGAACAAUGGCACAGCAUGUUUUUAAGCCAUUUAUUGCCUAAACAAACAGAUUCACUUUUGAUUUUAAUUGUGUUUCUUAUUUAAUGGAAACACAGCAGCUGCAAAAUUGUAAUUUUUUGACAUGAGCGAAACAUCGAUAAAGUUUAGGCCACAUUUGUAAUGGAAACACGGCUUCUUUAAGUCAGAUGUAACCAAAUCAACUGGUUCCAGUUAAAGAAUUAAAGCAUUGGGUUUUUAAUAAACACAUUUAUUUCUUAACGUUUUUUUCUUUUCCCUACUGAACAGUUAUGUUGAAAAUUAGAUUUCUAACAUAUUGAAAGCCUGAUUUAUUUGAAGGCCUUCACAUCUUUACCAGUGUUGCCAAUUUAUCCUCUUCUGUUUAAUCAAGCUUAUUGUUCUGGGACCUGUUUUGUUUUAAGAUUAUUUGAUGUUUUUCACAUUCUCAGGUAAAGUGCGAUAGCCGUUUUUAAGCCUGUAAAACAUCAAGCUUUUUGGAUUUAUUUUUUUGCUUUAUUACCCCAGCUUACCCAUAUUGGAGUGUUUGGCUAUAAAUGUGUUGAACAGGCUGAUUUUGGUUCAGUUUUUAGGGAUUUUAUUGGAUAAACAUUCCAAAUCAAUGUUGUACAGGGGAAGAAUGAAGGAAAACCAAAACUGCAGUUAAAAAAAAGACACAAAAGUGGUAAAUUAUGGUAAUAUUUGUUGUAGGUGCUCAGAGUGAUGGAUGUUUCCUUUCCCUCUUUGGCAUAUUCUUCCAUUAACCCCCUACAUGUGGAUGCUUGUGAACAUAAGGCCUUUCAUUAGUGUGUCAUCUUGUGGCUGUUGGUGUUAUUCCAUAAAUUAAUGUAAAAUAAGAUAGAAUAUUAAAUUGAAAGUGAAUUAUUUCCACUUAAGACUGAAGGGAAUGCGUGAGAUUUGGUGAAUUUUCCAGCCAGAAAAUUUCCAUCUAGUGUAAUUUUUUUUGUUUUUGAGAACUUCCUCAGCAUUCAGUAGACAGUUAUUACGGUAAAAUAAAGUAUUUCGCUUGACAAAGCUGUGAAGAUGUAUAACUAAAUGGUCAUUAUUUCAGAAACUCUGUGGGUCGUCUUGUCCCGUUGUGAUGAUGUGGUUUUUAAUAAGCUCUGUUUUUACUUUUCUUGUUUUGGUUUUCUAUGCACCGCUGUUUUUCCUGUGUAUUUGGGGUAACGUGAGGUCGAGACUGAAGCACAUGCUCAUUGAGUCCCUGUGGUGAAGUGUUGCUCAAACUGUAAUUAUUUGAAAGUUGUUUUUUCAUUUGAACCUGCAGUAUGUAACUUUUAUUUUUAAAAAUUCUAUAAAAAUUUCUUCAACAAAUUUUUACAUAUUUGUUGAAGAAAUUGAUGUUCUUCGUGUUCUCCUAGUGCAAACUAGAAACAACCAAUCAGAGUUAGGAGGCGGGUCUUAGCGCUGUCAAUCACCCUCUUGCUAGUUAGCAUAGCCACUGUUGUCGACGGAUAAAUGGUUUCCCUGUAAUAAUGACUUGUUUCUCUACUGUUGGGACAUUUAAGAGCCAGUACACAAGCUUCAUUGACAGCGCUAAACCCCGCCUCCUUGCUCUGAUUGGUUGUUUUUGUGUGUUUUGUCAGACAGUAAUAGAAUCUGAUGUAGGAGGUUCAGGAGCUUGAUCUUUUCACUGAUUAUCUGUCUCAUACUGUCAAAACACGGUGGCAUUUUUAACAAAUAUGUAAAAAAAAAAAAUUAUAUCUAUAUUUAAAUAAAAGUUAAAUACUGCAGCUUUAACUAAAUGUUUGUGCUGGGUUUCCUGUAGACAUUCACAAUAAAGUAAGUUGAAAUUAUGGCGAAGCAAUACUUCCUUAUAUAAUCAACAGAAUCCAGUCAGGUUCAGCACAAACUGGCUUCUUUUUAAUUACCUGGCUUUAUUAUAGGCUAUUAUGAAACAAAAAACAGGCUUGAUUAUUGAUUAUAUAACCUUUUUUUCACCAGCAGAGGCACAUGAAGUAGUUAUUACUGUAAAGGACACUACACAUCUGCUCUUCCCCCUCCUGUACAGUAAAUGUAAAACAUUGCACAGACAUAUGCAGUUGCUGGGAUUAGAUGUGAAUUUAUUGUUUCCCAGUAGCUGCUGGUCAUGGGACAGAUGUCACUCUGCAUUUCGUGUCACAGUAUCAAAGCCUCUGGAAGCCAUUUUCCAUCUUUCCCACCUUUGCUGUGCUGUAUGUUGUAUGAAAUGUAUUAUCAUAUAUUCUAUCAUAGGUAGUCCUGAGUAUAUAAUGAGGUAAAUAUUUGCCACAUUCAGUAGGAACAUGCUGUAUUUAGAUGAAAUAAAUGUUUGAGGAGGCUGUGUCUCCAUAAGUGACGUAAAUGAGGAAUAACAUUUUUGUGUAUUACUUUUGUAUUAUUUGGUCUUACCCUGAUAGAAAUUAAAUCGUUCUUGUUGCA